AAUUGGUGUUUCCAGUCUAAAGCAACUUGCAGUUGAAAUGAAAUUACUGAUCACGUUCUUCUUUCUGGGCGUCUGCCUCUGUCGCAUUCAAGCGAAAGAGAGCAUCGCUGAUCUCCUGAAGGACAAUGCGAAAGGCGUAGAGGAGGCCAAUAAGUUUUUGACCAGGAUUGCUCAAGUAAGCGAGGAGACCCAGGUCGGUUUGGCGGAGCAAAAGGAGGCACUGAAGGUCUUGACACUCGUGGAGGACGUGCUAGCAAAGUUAACUGCUGCUCUGGAUGUUGGCUCCCGCAAUCUUGUUGCUACCCUUGAGAACAUCUCCAAGCAGGGUGAGGAAUACAGCAAUCGAACGGAGGCACAACUACUGGAACUGAUCCGCCUGCAGGAGGGCACCAAGGAGAUACUCAAUGUGCUGGAUGCUAAAAUGGAUGCCUAUCAGAGGCAUGUGCUCCACAGUUCCCGUCGUAUUGACGGCAGCAUCGACGGGCUGGCCAAACUUAUUACUAGGACGGUGUUGCCACAAUUAAAUGGCCUGAAGUGUACCUUCGAUAGCUUGGAGACCUCCCAAAUCAACGUCGAGGUGGAGCUGAAGACUUUGGCCGGAGUCAAGGAGCUCAGUGAGAACUCCAACCUCAAGCUGGACGCGCUGGAGCAGCAAUUGAAGCAGCAAAAUCGCACUCAGGAGCAGCGCCUGGUCCUCCUAAUCGAUGCAGUGAAGCAUUUGCAACCUCACAGUUCCUGGAAAGUGGAGGCUGUCCUCCGCGAACUGAUCAUCUCCCAGAAACGCAUCGAGCUGGGUCUGGAACAGUGCAGCCGGCACCAGCCCCAUCCGCAGUAUGGCCAAGACGAGUCCUACCUGCCCACCUACGGAGCUGAGGUCCCGGAGUCGCAGUAUGCUCAUCCCAAGCCCAAGCCAGUGGAACUGGAACAGGUGUGGAGCAUCAAGGAAGAGCCCAAACACGGAGAGCACUCUGGAAAUCACAAAGCUACCGCCUAUGCUCAGUCCCCCGAGCCAAAGAAUAACUAUCAGAGCUCCAGCGCCGUGUCCUGGCGGCAGUCGGUGCCCUGGGAGUACGUCUCACCAUAUCAGUCCGCCCCAGUUGACCACCGCCAGCCAUGGAACCCAGCUCCUGCCCACGGUGCCAGCUCCGAUGCCAAGCCAAAGCAAUGUCCCAAGAAAGAGCACUCCACUCCGGCAUCCUACGUUCCAUUGUCACAUGACCAGCCUGCGUCCUACAAGCUUCCUGUGGAUUAUAAUCCCAAGCCUAACCACGAGGACUCCCAUAAGCCCCAUCAUGAACCAAAAUCUUACAGUGACGAAAUCAUCCAGCCAGGAGAGUCCUUCAAAAUUUGGUAUUGAGACAGUUCUCCCCCUCAAGGAUACUAAAGAGUUAACGAAAGAUUUCACUACAACAAAUACUGCUGCCGAGACCGAUACAACUUUUCAAAACAUUUAAAAAAAACUUUUAUUGGACUUUCACUACUUCGUUUUUAUAAAUAAAUAAUUUGUUUGUUUUUAUAAAUAAAUAAAAAAAA